CGACCCUACGACCAUUCGCUAUUAGCUCUUUCCCCAUCACUAGGACCAUCGGCGGCGCGAUUUCAAACCAAAUCCCUCCUCCUGAAACCUUUUCAGCAAUCGUCACUCGCGAAUCCCUCGCCGCCAGAACCCUAGGAAGCUUCUAGAACCCCUGCGAGGCCAGCGAGAUGCUACUCCGGACUCCACCGCAGCGGAAGCGGCGGGCCGUCUCCGACGCCGACCCCGACGCCAACCUCGACCUCGACCUCGCCGUCGCCGUCGCCGUCGCCACCGGACGGACCCCCGUCUCCGACCGCCGCCUCGUGCCCUACGACUGCCCCACGGCCCUCGUGUCCGCCUCCGGCGGCGAGGAGCCCUCCGACGACAUGGUCUGCACAUACCACUGCCGUCAGAUGGUGAAAUCGGAGUUUGUGGUGGCACUGGACACCGCGGAGAAGGCGGUUCAGGAGUAUCGAGUAAAGCUUGACACAUUGGAGAAACAGUUAUCCAAGAGUGAGGAUGAAAGGACUACAUAUCAUGAUAAACUGAACUAUGUUGAACAAGAACUAGCAGCAACAAAAGGGCGGGAGACUGCAUUGCAAGAACGGUUAUUGAAGGAGCUGGGCGAGUAUCAGGAGCGAUACAGGCAGCAAGUCAAGAAGAUAGGGGAACUUGAGGUUAAACUCAAUAAAGAGAUUGAUUCUCGAAUUAGCGCUGAAUCAUCUUCAGCAUCUGCAAAGGAGUCGGUCAAGGAGUUGGAACGGGCUAUGCAGCGGUCAUCAGAAAAUUCAGAAAGGGAGAAGAAAGCCCUUCAGAAGGAACUUUCAUAUAUGCAAGAUGACUCAAAACUAUCCAUCUCUAAACUUAAUGCUGAGCUUGAAAGAAUGAGCCUCAGGGCGCAAAACUCUGAGAAGGAAGCAAAGAUGUUAAAUGAGCAGUUGGAGGACUUGAAAAAGCAAUUAAAUGAGUGUCUUCGCGAAAAGAACGAAACCGAGCUCAGACUACUGGAUUCUGCUCCUUUGUCUGUUCAGCGUAAUCCAACAGAUGAUCAGAAGUUAAUAAAACUUUUGCAAGAGGAGCUCCGGAACUAUGAAAAAGAAGUGCAUGAAGCUAGAAGAUUAAAAUCUUCCCACACAAAUGUUGAGCUGCUAAGUGAAAAGCUGUUGGAGGAGCAGAGUCGAAGGAAACGAGCCGAAACAGAAUUAUCUAAGCUGCAAGAAAUCGAAGCUAAAGCACAGAAGUUGGAGCUGGAAUUAGCAUCAUGUACAUCAUUACUUGGCAACAUACCUGAUGUGUCUUCUUACAGCAGCAUUGCAGAUUUGCAAAGGCAAGCAUUGACAGACUUGAAUAAAUUGGGUGAAGUAACAUCACGGUUGAAAGAAUUGGAGGUUACGUUGGAAUUUGCUGAGAUCAGCAAGCAACGUGCAGAAGGUGAAGCUACCCUUGCCAAAGAGAGAGCUGAAAGUGCUAGCAGGGAGGUCAAGCGGCUUGAACUUCUGCUUACUGCAGUGAGUGAAGAAAGAGAUAGAUUACGAAAAGAUCAUAAUAUGUUAUCUAACCAAAAAACUAGGGAUGGAGAUGACAUGUCAUCCAAGAAAAUGGAGUCAGAUCUAUCUCAUAUGGAAAAGGUAGUAAGAGAACUAGAGACCACUCUACACGAGCAGAGAGAACUAAUUAGUCAACAACAUGCGGAGCUCAAUCUAAUGAAUGAGAAAUUGAGCAUUGAAGCAAGAAAAGCAAAAUCAUUGGAGCGAGAGGGAGAUCAACUGCGCUCUCAGGUGGCAUUACUCGAGUCUAAGCUGGGUCAUGGGGAUUACUCUGCCUCAAGCACAAAAGUACUUCGUAUGGUGAACACUCUUGCAAUGGAUAGUGAAGCAAAGCAGACAAUAGAAGCACUGCAAGCUGAGUUAAAGAAAACAAAAGAGAGGCUGCAGGCAAUCGAAGAACUAAAAGGGCAAGCUGAUGCUGGAACUGUAGUAGAUGCAAAUGUUGCUGAAAAGCUAGCACAGCUUAAAAAUCAAGUUGCCACACUAGAGAAACGUGAAGAAAGAUACAAGGCAGUGUUUCUGGAGAGGAUCUCAGUCUUCCGAAAGGCUUGCUGCUCGCUUUUUGGUUAUCAGAUAGUGAUGAAUGAUGAGCAGCAGCCAAAUGGGAUUCAUGUAACACGAUUUACUCUGCAAUCAGUAUAUGCCCAAACCGAUGAUGAAAAACUCGAGUUUCUCUAUGAAUCAGGAAGCACCAAUAUAGUGGUCAAUGGCUACACUUCUCAACAUGAGAUUGCUCAGCAGGUUGAUAUUUUCAUAAGAAAGAUGAAUUCCAUCCCAGCCUUCACUGCUAACCUGACAAUGGAAUCCUUCAACAAGAGAACAUAUGAAGAAGUUGAGUGGAAGGCUGGUGCUGACGGUAUGGUACUAUCAGAUGGAUGCCAUUUUAGUUUGAACAAUGUAAAUACGAGCGCAUACAAUGUGAUCCCUGCGCAGCCGCAGCUGGAGAAGAAGGCGCCCCCGCGGGCGAAGCCGCCGCUGACGGGGAAGGCCGUGGCCGCGCUCUGCGUGGCCAGCUUCGCCGUCGGCCUGCUGCUCAGCGGCUGGGUGCCGCUCCUGUCGGCGCCGAUCGGCAAGGUGAACAAGACCUCUGCUCCCUCCGGCUGCGACGACAACCGCGUAAGCAAGGAGUUAGCCGGGGAGAGGCAUGACCCCAUGGGCAUCAUGAGCGAGGUGUCCAGGACGCACCACGCAAUUCAGUCGCUGGACAAGGCGGUGUCUUCCCUGGAGAUGGAGCUGGCCGUGGAGCGCGCCCGGAGCGGCGACGCCGGCGCCGGCGCGGCGGGCUCGUCCAAGGCCCUUCAGAAGGCCUUCGUGGUGAUCGGCAUCAACACGGCCUUCAGCAGCAAGAAGCGCCGCGACUCCCUCCGCGAGACCUGGGUGCCCUCAGGGGAGAAGCUGAGGCGGCUGGAGAAGGAGAAGGGGAUCGUGGUCCGGUUCGUGAUCGGGCGGAGCGGGGCGGCGGAGGGCGGCGGCGGGGCGGCGGACCGCGCCCUGGACGCGGAGGAGGCGGAGAACAAGGACUUCCUGCGGCUGGACCACGUGGAGGGCUACCACGAGCUGUCCUCCAAGACGAGGAUCUACUUCGCCACCGCCGUCGCCACCUGGGACGCCGACUUCUACGUCAAGGUCGACGACGACGUCCACCUCAACCUCGGGAUGCUGGCAACUAGGCUGGCCAAGUACAGGGCGCGGCCCAGGGUGUACGUCGGCUGCAUGAAGUCUGGGCCUGUCCUGUCUCAAAGAGGGGUGAAGUACCACGAGCCGGAGUACUGGAAGUUCGGGGACGUGGGGAACAAGUACUUCCGGCACGCCACCGGCCAGAUCUACGCCGUCUCCAAGGACCUCGCCGCCUACAUCUCCGUCAACCAGCCGAUCCUGCACAGGUUCGCGAACGAGGACGUCUCCGUCGGCGCGUGGCUGAUCGGGCUGGAGGUGGAGCACGUCGACGACCGGAGCAUGUGCUGCGCCACGCCACCAGACUGCGAGUGGAAGAAGCGGGCCGGGAACGUGUGCGUGGCGUCCUUCGACUGGUCCUGCAGCGGGGUCUGCAGGUCUGUGGACAGGAUGAAGCUCAUCCACGACGCCUGCGGCGAAGACCAGGCGGCGGUCUGGGGCGUCGCCGCCUGAUCUGGAGUAGUGGUGGGAGUAGCGCAUGGCCGGCCGGGCGUGCUGUUUAAUGUAGCUAGAACUUGAUUUGGAAUCCGAUCACUUGGUCCAAUGCUAUUUUUUAAAGAGAAGGAUAACUCGGGUUCCGCAUCAAGCGAUGCACAUAAUGAUUCUAAAAGUAUUA